AUUCCAUCAGGAUUUAUCGAAAUCAUGUUAACUUCGUCGUGUUGAUGGUACAGGAGAGAGACAGGAAAAGAAAUUACGUUCUGCCAUCGUCACACCUAGUGUGAUAAUUUUUUGGCACUGACUUUGAAAAUGAAAAAAAAGCAUGGUGUUUGUAGCCAGUACUAAUGAAGUUGGCUUGGACUUGAGGAAAGCCAACGCAAGAACAAAAUUAUCGAAAGAAAAGAAUGGCGAUAACUUCGGUGGCAGUAACUAUCGAUACGGCGGGAAAGCCGAAGAAAUUCGCAGCAAGAGAGCUUCGGAUCACAUGAAGUAUCUGACGAUGAAAGCUUCAAAAAUGGGUGAAGAUGUUGAAAGCAUCGCUGACACUAAAACUAAUUCAGAGGCGUUGACGGUACCUGGUGGUGUUUCCGAUAUUGCAUGGUACGAUGGUGUAUUUUCUUCUUUGUUCGGUGGAAACACUUGCGAAGAUAGAAAUGACAUGAAGAAUGAUGUUGGAAGCAUCCUUAUUUGUGGAUCACCAGGUAACCAAACAGAUGUAUCUUUAGUAGGUCCAGUUUUUGGACAAAUGGGAGAUUGUCAAGCUCAAACACAAUAUGACGAAGAAAGACAGGAUAUCGACAAUGAAUCUGCAUCGGAAGGAACAGUAUCAACACUAGGGAAGGAUCUUGGUGAUGAUCUCAAGUCACUGCCAUCUGUAAAUGGUGGGAUUCUUCCUGGAGAAGAUGACACGCACAUAGAUGUUGAUAUAGACAAUUUGCCGAUGUCACCGAGAAUGGGUACACGAAAAUCUUUCGGCAACAAAACUAAGGAGGUAUCAAAAAAUGAAAAUUUUGAGUCCCUUGUUGAAAAGAAGAUUAAAAAUCUCAAGUCUGAGAGGAGCAGUAUGGAUGUUUCGAAAAAUGUUCCGUAUUUGCGGCAAAAAGUAUUCCCGAUGACAGCUGGGCGGAAUGACAGCGAAUACAGCAGCAAUGGGCAUCGGAACCUAGAUCCGGCAGUGUUGGAAACACGACGCAAAUUUCUAGUUCGAGAACUCCGUAGUGCCAUAUCAAAACAUGGUCGUUUUGAUGUCCGAUGCGCCAACAUCACUGCUGCAUUAGGAGACUUGUAUGAUGAGAACAAAGAAUAUAGGCAAUCCUUGAGGCUACACAAAGAUGUUGUGUCUGUAUACAGUGUCAAUCUAGGUGAUGAUGAUAAGAAAACGCUGGAUGCAAAGCUGCGCCUGGCAAAAGUGCAAGAGAAUGCAGGCGACAUCGAUGGAGCUAUCCUCAACUACAACUUUGUAAUGAACAUGAUGAAGGACUUGAAGGGCGAGAAAAACCCAGACGUUGUUGAGGUUCUGACACGAAUCGCGGGUUGUCUCAAAAAGAAAGGAAAGUAUGAAUCUUCAAUUAAGCUUCUAAAACGUGCGCUGAAAACUUACCGCGAAGUCCUAGGGGAUACCCACCCGACUGUUUCUGUCACGGUAGAUUCCAUUGCGUCCUUAUACAUCACUAUCGGGGAGUAUGAAAAAGCAUCGGCGAUUCUUGAAGAAGUUGCGAAACUCAAGGCCGCAACCUUAGGCGUCACAAGCAAGGAAGUGGCCUCAAGCCUCUCUGAGCUUGCCACAUCGUAUGAAUGCGCCGAGCAGUACGGAAAGGCCAUGAAAAAUCUGAAGAAAGCAUACAAGAUAUAUGCAGAUAUUGUGGGCGAACAUGGUGAAAAGGCAAUCAUCAUCUUAGAAAGAAUAGCAUUGAUCUAUCAAGCCACCGGGCAAUACAAGAAGGCUGCCAUUGCUUAUCUGGGGGUAUUGCGUGGAAAGAAACGAGCCCUUGGAGGCUCUCAUCCUACCAUUGCUGACACCUAUUUCCAUCUAGGAGUUUCUCUGCGACAAAGCAAUCAGUUUGAUAAAGCUUUCAAGUGUAUAAAGCAGGCCCUGAAUAUCUAUGUUGGAGAAGGCAAGGAAAUACAUGAUGUUCAAAUGAUUGCAGAGGUUAUGCAUGAGCUUGCUAUAAUCCAUAAAGCUAACCACAACACGAGUGAUGCAAUCAAGACAUUUAAACAAGAAAUUGCGGUCCGAAGAAAACUUGGACAGCCUGAAUAUCCCCUAAUCGCCCAAGCUCUUAAUCACCUCGGUGUAGCCGAGUUUGAGCUCAAAAGCCACAACCGUGCACUAAACUACUUUAUGGAAGCGUUGGCUAUCUAUGAAAAGAAUAGGGUAGAAACAGCGUCUAAAGCAGCUGAUGGUACAGUCGUUGCUGGAACAGAUAUGGCAGAAGUGUCGUACAAUACAGGACUUGUUUUUGAAUCUCUUCACAACAAAAAGAGGGCACGCAAUGCAUUCAUUGAAGCGGCACGUAUCUUCAAGGAAAAUGGAUAUUCUACAUCCCAUCCACACUAUUCCAAAACAAUAGGGAAACUCAAGCGACUCGGUUACAAUUUCCAAGAAAUCGAUGACAAGAAAAGCAAUAGCAAUCCAAGUGAACGCAGUAAUAACUCGAGGAGAAGAGGCUGAUCAUAAAACAACUUUAAACAAACGUUUACAAACAGUAGUUUUGGCUUCGAAGCAGUCGAGUUAUUUCAAUCCAACAAAAGUGUGUUGCUAAUUCAUGAGGUAGGGCACUGCAGAAUAUUCAAUUCAAUCGGCAUGAGUUCAAUGAACAGAUCCACUUCAUUGCUGCUGACUGGAACGAACACGAACGAAGACUACGAAGAUUCCAAUUUUCUAUCUACCUCUCUUUGACUUUUCUUCAAAAUACUAAUGAAAACUUGGAUGGUAAGAUAAGGAACCAUAAUACUAUACUGAGCCGCCUCGAUUCAGUAACGAGC